AAUACACGGCCUUUUAUGUUCAAACCCUAACCUUACUGCCAGUUAUAUCGAUCGCCGCCGCGCAACUCCUAGGGUUUAGCGAUCUUGCUCAGAGGAAGACGCCACUCCGGAAGCCAUGUCGGACGCUCUGGUUUUCAAGGGGAUUCUCAGCGGUCACACAGGCGAGGUGACGGCAAUCGCCGCGCCCAUCGACAACACCGACAUGAUCGUCUCCUCUUCACGGGACAAAUCCAUUAUCGUAUGGGACCUCACCAAGGAGCAAUCAUACGCCACUGACAGCGCCCCGGCCUCCGCUGGUCUCCCUCGCCGCCGUCUUACUGGCCAUUCCCAUUUCGUGCAGGAUGUGGUCCUCUCCUCCGACGGCCAGUUCGCACUUUCCGGUUCCUGGGACGGCGAGCUUCGCCUCUGGGACCUUAAUACCGGUAUCACCACCCGGCGCUUUGUUGGCCACAGCAAGGACGUUCUGUCGGUUGCCUUCUCUGUUGACAAUCGCCAGAUCGUCUCUGCUUCACGAGACAGAACCAUCAAGCUAUGGAACACGCUUGGUGAGUGCAAGUACACGAUCCAGGAUGGGGAUGCUCACACCAAUUGGGUGAGCUGCGUGAGGUUUAGCCCAAAUACUUUCCAGCCGACGAUAGUCUCUGGCUCGUGGGAUCGUACGGUGAAGGUCUGGAAUUUGACCAACUGCAAGCUUCGUUGCACUUUGACUGGCCAUGCUGGAUAUGUCAACACUGCGGCAGUGAGCCCCGAUGGAUCUCUGUGCGCAAGCGGGGGAAAGGAUGGCGUGACGCUUCUGUGGGAUCUAUCCGAGGGUAAGAGGUUGUACUCGCUUGAUGCUGGGGCAAUUAUCUAUUCCCUCUGUUUUAGUCCGAAUAGGUACUGGCUCUGUGCUGCAACCCAGCUUAGCGUUAAGAUCUGGGAUUUGGAGAGCAAGACAAUUGUGCAGGAUCUCAAGCCGGAAGCGGCCGCUGCUGGAAAGAGUCAGUUGCUGUACUGUACAAGCUUGAGCUGGAGCUUCGAUGGAAGUACAUUAUAUGCAGGAUACACAGACGGUAACAUCCGGGUCUGGAGAAUCUCACAAUAUUAAAACCGUAUGAAAAAAGAAGUACUCGUCUUAUUUUACUUGUGGGUUUUGUUCCUUCUGAAUUUUGAUGAACUAACAGCAUGAAAUUUUCAUGUUGUAUUUUGACUUUUUUUGCAGAAUAUGUUUGAACCUAGUAUUUAAUAGUUACGUUUGAAAUGUUUGUAUUUGUUUUGGAAUUUUAAUUCAGUGUUUUUGAAUA